AUGUCCAAUUCACAAUCAUCAACUGACUUCGAUGAAUUCUUUUCAGAAAACAACUUUUAUUCUGCACCAACCAACAAUAGUUCCAAUCAUAUCAAUAAACUUCGAAGUUCAAUUCAAAUUCCAAAUUCUAUAAGUUCAAGAAGUAUCAAAGAUGGAUUGAGAGCAAAUAAUGAGGUAUUGACUCAGAAACUACCUAACUCAACCAGCCGAACUUCAAUCAUCAAGUCAUCUCCUAGUUUGAAGGCAUUGGAGAGUAUUCUUAAUGAGAAGAGUAGAAAUUGGACUCCUGGAACGCUUGCUGAACAGGUAACCGAAGAAGAAGAAGAGGAGGAUGAACAAUCUCCAGACGAUGUUGAGGAAGAGCCCUUAUGCCCAGACCCUUUAGAUAUCAGGAACAAAUACAGCCCUCAGAAGGUGACAGCACCAGUUGCUUUCAAAAAUCACAACGCAACGCAGGAGACUAUCAAUUCCGUUCAAACUUUUGAGACUGCAGAUGAAGUAAUCGGCAGUGAUAAUCAAAGUACCACCAAGUCUACCAAUAAACGCUCCUCAAAAAUCUCACAUAAUACCAAAUCAUCAAUUUCAACUAUAAGUGGGAGUGGAUAUAGCACUGACGACACACCUAUCUUGGGCCAACCACCUACUUUUCAAAAUUUCACACAACACAAUUUUGAAUCUCCACAGUUGAAGGUCAUUGAGACUGGUGCCCAAGAAAGACUGGGAUCAAAAGAUGAUACACUAAUCAAUGAUACUACAGAAUCACAAAUGAAUGAUAUUACCGAAGAGACCGUUUCUGUUGAUUUACCCAAAUUUACACCUCACAAUAGUUUGCAAUAUACCGGAGAUAGUGUAAAGGAGAGAAAUAAAAAAAAUACCCAGAAUAAAUUUAAAUCCAAUUUUAGUAACACAACAAUUAAUUUUAGUUUAGGCACAAGGGAUAAAAAAUUAGACAAUUUCUCCUCCAAUUCACCAACAACAUCUGGGUCUCAAAUCGUUCAAGGUGGCGGAAGGCUGGAUAACCAUCAACAUCACUACCAAUCAAAUAAUAGGACGGGCCGAAAUUUUAAGAGCGCGUUUGCACCACUAUCUAAGCCGGCAAUUCCACCACAAAAUAAUAAUCCGGAAAAGAAAUUUUCAGCACCAAGUUACGAGGUAACAAAUCUGGGAACUAAAUCUUCAACAUUUGAGCCACAAGAUUUUGACCCUGCUAUGAAUUAUGAACUAUACAACAAUAAUAAAUUGAAUUCAAAGGAGUCCAAUAAGGGAGAUAUUAAACCAACCAGUAUGUUGUCAGUCUUGACUCCUAGCCAACAAAAUUCGCAAAAGGAGGAAGGAAAGAAAAGCUUUGCACCCAGCCCCAACCAACAAGGCUUUGCACCUGAAACUACACCUCAACCACCAAUGCCUUCAACACCACAGAGAUCACCUCACUUACGGUCAAAUUCUACAUUUUCUUUGAAUUUUGCAAAGAAAUCAUCGCGCGAUGAGAAUAAAUCACAAUUGCUGCACAAGAGAAGCUCGACAAUGGAUGAUUUAAACAAGAUAUCCCGUUUCAAUGGACGUGCUAGUGAUACUCCAACAGAGAAGAAGAAGUUUAGCUUUAGGACACUCUUUAAGUCGAAGAGUAAAAGUCACGAAUUGAAUAAGUCGCUGGAAACAUCCAAUACACGUGCUACAAAUGCAGCAGGAAAGUCAUACUCAACAACCAAUAUUCCCCUAUAUCGACCCGAAGAAUCAAAUACAAAGCAUCAGAAUAGGACUGAUUUGCUGCUUCCACCAUUGACCAAGACCAAAUCCAACAUCUCCAUUAUGAGUGUGUUUAAAAAGAAUAAGUCAUCGGACCAACUUCAUAGGUCGGGAAAGGACAAGACGGCAAGUAUGGACAAGCCAGAGGUUGCCACCACCAUAAAGCCUACUGAUAACACCUCGCCAAAGGAAAAUGCAGUUGACGAUUUUGACGGCUCGCCUGUGUUGCUCGAUGAAAGAUUUGCACCACAACCGUCUAAUAAAGGACCCGCUACUCCUGGAUCAAUUAACUUUAUACGUGAGGUUAGUGAUAGCAAUAUAGCGUUUGACACAGCCAAGCGUUCGUCCGAGAGCAGUGAAGUUAACCUGGAUGAAUAUGAAGAUGCUGAUGAAGAUGCCAACGAAGAUAACGUAGAGGAUGAUGAAGAUGAUGAUGAAGAUGCUGAUAAAUUAUCAUUUGACCCAUCUGCUGAUGAAAAGUUUGACGUGUAUGAUUCCAAGAACUUACUGGCAAAUCCCCCGGUGCAAAGAUUAUCGAACCAUCAACAAGGUGAAGAGAUUCUGUUGAUUCCGCCAUUGAUUCAAGAUACACAAUUCGGUUCCCCUUUCAAAGUUGACUAUCAAAGCUCACCUGAUAAUAAGCGACCAGUUAGGACAAUGGAUCGAAAUUCUGCAUUUGCUAACUCUAAUGAUGCCAAGCCAUUUUCGUCGUCGUUAUCGCCUUCUGCUUCACCUGUACCAAAGAGAUUCCCUAGUCGCAAAGAAGACAAGAGUUUUCAAUUAUUGGGAGAAGCAUUGUUUCCCAGAUCGCUUAGUGCACAUGAGGUUGAAAGUAUCGUAUCAUUGGAGAGAUCAAGGUCGUUGAAGUCAAUCAAAUCAAAUAAACGUAGUUCAUUUGUCAAUUAUGAUGGAAGUGAUGAUAACAUUGUGCACUAUAAUGGUCCUACAUUGUCACCUCAUAACACAAGCGGAAUCACCAGGUCAAGUUCCAUUUUAAAAAAUUCCACCAGCAAACCAAGCAAUUUGAGUAAGGAGAUUGAACCCAUAUCAAUUGAUGCAAAUAUAUUGGAUAAUGAUUAUGAUGACGGAGCAGUUCUAAAUUCAAGCUCAGUGUACUCACAACCAUCAGAUGGUGCAUUUUUCAAAUCUAAAUCGCAACCAUCUCCACAUCUUGAUGAGAAUUCACUACAAUUGAAUUUAAUGGAUGGUGAUUAUAAUGAGUUUAUGGAGUUUAGUGAUUUCAUUGAUGUGGAUAAUUUGACAUUCAAUUAUUCCCCUUCUGCUGCACUCGAGUCUGCUUCGGCUAGUCCUAGACCUGAUAUUAAUGGUUCUAGAUAUGAUGUUAACGAAAGAUUAAGAGCAGAAGCUGGAGUAGACGCAACUGAGGGUGAUGAAACAACCGCAGAUGAAAUGGUUGAUACUCCAGAUAUUCGUGUUGAAGAAGAAGAAGAAGAAGAAAAAGAAGAAAAAGACGGUGCAUCAUCUCAUAAGUUCUCUUCCCCACCAGUGUUGCGAAUCGACACUGUAGAUUUCCCGGACAGCACAGCUAGUCAUGAUUCACCUGUUCCACUUAUUAUUGAAUCGAGAACGCCAUCACCAUCCCCACUUUCAAUGAACACUACAGAAUCACCCAAGACCAGUGUUGAAGUCGUUGAAGGGUUUGAGAAUUAUGGGAAAGUUCAUAACGAUACUUCGGUAGCCAAUGAUGAUACCACGUUGGAUGACAGUGGGAAUAGUGGGCACGAGUUGGUUGGCAUCAAUUCUGAGCGUACAAAGGAGACUCAACGUUCUGUUGAAGGUGAUGACAACGAAGAGGAGACUGAUGGAAACGACAAUGAACCUGAAGUGAUCAAGAGUUCACCAAUAUUGGACAGUGCAUAUAGAACCACCAAAAAGGGUAAAUCCAAUUCUAACAAUCGACCAAUCUCGAUGUCAUUUAAAGGAUUGAACAAGCCUUCAUUUUCAGGCAAGAUUGCUCAACAUGAUUUAAGAAGUAGUGAUUCCCACCAGUCGUUUACGAUUUCAUUUAAUGAUGAUCUGUCAUCAGUUGGUGGUGGCUUUGGAACUAGCAGUGAUGAAGAAGAAGAGGAAGAAGAGGAAGAGCAAGUGCCCACAAUUCGAGGAGAGGAAGGGUUGAACUUAAUUGAAGCCGAGCAGAGUCAAGGGUAUAAUGAAUAUGAAAAGGAAAAUCUAGUGCCAAAGAACAAAGAAGUUCAAAGUGCGGUGAACCCAGUACAGCAGCAACAACGCUUUGCAUCAAUGGAAUCAUAUGAAUAUUAUGACCAAAGUAAUAAAACACCACCAUCGGAAUCAAGAUCCAAAUUCGGAAAAAAUAACAACUAUCAAAACAAUUCUAUUGAUUCAUCGAAUGGUUCAUAUUCACCUGAUUUCAAAAUACCAUUGCCUCCACCACCAUUUGGGACGAAAUUUAGUCAUAAUAAGAUCCCAUCCAUAUCCGAUCAAUCAUCUGCAAGUUCAUCUCCUAGAUCGUUCACAUCAAUGUUGAGUAGAUGGAAGAGAAACAACAACGCCAACGCCAACGUCAACGCCAACAAUAAUGCUAAUGGUAAUUUCAAUAUCUUGGCACCACGAGUUGCGCCACCUCCUCCAGUUCCUGCAAAACAAUCUGGAGUUCGAUUCAGUUCAAGAAUCAUCCUUUAUGAUACGUAUAACGAUGAAGAAUAUGAUCGACAUCCAGAUACUGCUACUUGUAAUCAAUUGACGCCAUUAUUGGCACAACAAAUUAAAGAAGAGAUGAAUAUGAUUAAGAGUGAAAUGGAAGUUCAUGUGGAGAGUCGCUGCUAUACGCAGUUUUUCUAG